CUGAUGCGCCUGCCCCUGAUGCGCCUGCUGUCCCUGAAAUAACCCUGACAGCCCCUGAUGCGCCUGCCCCUGCCGCUGCUGUCCAUCUUACUGAUGCCGUGCCCAGCGAAAUGGUCACUCCACUUCCUCCUCGCCAGGGAAGGAUGGCAGCCCGAAGAAGACUCGACGAGAAGCUGCAGCAAGAAGUAGCUACAAGUGUUGAAGACGUUCCCGCCGUAACAGAAGCUGCCUCAGCCACUGCUCCUGUUAUAUCUCCGCCGCUGUUCUCUGCCAUCGAGUCAACGCCUGCUGGCGCGGCCGACGCUGUACCGCGCGCUCCGAUCAAGCCCAAGCGCCGCACCAGCCCGCUUCUGGACGUCACAGAGGCGCUGCCAGCAGCUCCUGUCAUUCCUAAGCGACGUACUCUUAUCAUGAGCGGCUCCGAGUUGGCUCUCGCGCCCAUCGACGCUGUUAAGAAGCCAGCUGCUGCUCGGCGCAUUGGCCGUAGACGAGGCAUCAUCAUCGACAAGUUUAUCUACAUUCCCAGGGAGAAGUUUCGUUUCCAGCUCCAGGAGGGCCAUGAGACGCUCAGAGCUCAGAACUCACGGGAUACUAUUGUUGACUAA